AAAAGAGAGAAGAUGGAUAGGAAAGAAUCGAAAGCAAUGGCUUGUAUUAUCGGCAGCAAUGCUCCUCUCCUUCUCCAACCUAAAUUCAGCUUCCUCUCUUCACCUUCUUCCACCGCAACCGGACAUCUCCUCUGCUGCCUCCCCAACCCACCACCCCAACUUUAUAGGCUUGAUGAAGGCUAUGGAAGAAGAGAAGCUCUGUUGAGCAUUGCAUUAACUACCGGUUCUGCUUUUCCAGCAAUUGUUCCUAAUGCAUUGGCACACACUGAUGGCUUCCGUGUUUAUACCGAUGACGCCAACAAGUUCCAGAUAUCAAUUCCCCAAGACUGGACUGUUGGCUCUGGGGAACCCACUGGCUUCAAAUCAGUAACUGCUUUCUACCCACAAGAAACUUCCACCUCUAAUGUCAGCGUUGUCAUCACAGGAGUCGGUCCUGAUUUUACUAGAAUGGAGUCUUUUGGCAAAGUCGAAGCCUUCGCCGAGACGUUGGUUAGCGGGUUGGACAGGAGCUGGCAGAGGCGCCCAGGUGUAGCUGCAAAACUGGUCGAUUGUAAAGCCAUUAAUGGGAUAUAUUACAUUGACUACACAUUGCAAAACCCAGGCGAAAGUCGAAAGCAUUUGUAUUCCGCUCUUGGGAUGGCAUUUAAUGGUUGGUACAACAGACUAUAUACCACAACCGGUCAGUAUGUUGAUGAAGAAUCCGAAAAAUACGGUCCAAAGAUUCAGAAGGUCGUUUCAUCAUUCAAGUUCAUUUGACAACAAACCACCUGCUAUACCAGGGAUCCACAGGAUUGUUGUUCUACAAUGCGCUUGAUCAAUUCGAAUGAACUCACAAGUAAAACCUAGAAACUGGUUCAAUCAAUCCAGUCCUUCUAUUCUAUGCACCCGACAUUUGAAGGCUGCAUAUAAAUUUGUAUCUAUAUGUCCUAAAUGAAAUCAUAAUACUAUUUGGACAAUGUACUUCUUCUUUUUCUAUAAUAGACACCAUACUUGAUCCCCGA